UCAGUGUGUAUCCAGCUGCAACCUCGUGAUUUUGCGGAAAUUUACUGUAGAACUGAAGCCAUGGACCAGGACCCAACUAUGUGGAUAAAAAAAGAGGAAACAGAUGAAGUAAAAACUGAGUUACACUCCCUGUUUCUUGAAGACCCAUUAAAGACUGAAGGACCUAGUGUUUCGCUAAAGCAAGAUCCCGAACUGAAACAACAUGCUGAUGGAUCAGAGCAUAAUUCUGUUAAAGAUCCAUUUGGAAUAUCUUGGUCCACUGAUUUUAUCAAGGAGGAUCCUGAAUUGAAUUUGGAAAUUGUCACUGAGGAUAUUGUGGAAACCUCAACAAGAUACACAUAUGAUAGUGCAAGAUUGACUCAGAGUACUGGUGGGAGCUGUGGCAUAUUAUGUGAGGAAACUUAUCACCAUGGGCUAGUCCAGGAUAAGUUGAAGAUGUCAACACACGAGUUGGGUCCCAAUACAGAAGAUGUGAUUAUCGAUAAGGAGUGGUCAGUUGCUACCCAAUAUGACUGUAGUACAAGGGAAAAGGAAUUUCAUGUAUAUAGCUGUAAUUUCUGCCGACAAAGCUUUCCUUCCAAAUACCGACUCAUAAUGCAUGUGUUUGUGCACAUUGAUGGUAUGCAACCACCUUUGUAUGUUUGUAAGUGGUGUGGUGAGGUAUUUCACAGUAAUGUUCGUUUGAAAAACCAUUUGAGAAUGAGUGAGAAUUCUGUCUUACCUGCUGGCAACCAUGAACAAUAUGGCUCUAGUGAUCAUCAUCAAAGCAGUAUCUUCUUGGAUAGUGAGCCAGAAGUUUCUGUUACAGAACACAAUGAGCAGUCUUCAUGUAAGGAAACUUCGAAAGCUUCAAAGAAGUCCUCUAAUGACAGGCGAUACACACAUAUGAGAAAUGAGAUGGAGAAAUCAAAUGAUUAUGGAGCUGCUUCUACAGCUGUUAAUGUCACUGCCCAGGCUGAUCUACUUACUGCAAACAGAACCCACAAAUGUGAUAUUUGUCGCAAAUUGUUUACUAGGUCAUGUGAUCUCAAGAGGCAUGCACUGAUACACACCGGGAAAAGACCUCACAAAUGUGAUAUUUGUGGCAAAUCGUUUGCCCAGUCAUGUCAUCUUAAGACUCAUUUAUUGAUUCACACUGGAGAGAAACCUCACAAAUGUGAAAUCUGUGGGAAAUCUUUUACUAUGUUAGGUGAUCUCAAGAAACACACAUUAAUUCACACUGGGAAGAAACCUCACAAAUGCCAGAUUUGUGGGAAAUGUUUUACUAUGUUAGGCGAUCUAAAGAAACACACAUUCUUCCACACUGGAGAGAAACCUCACAAAUGUGAGGUUUGUGGGAAAUCUUUUGCUAUGUCAGGUGAUCUCAAGAAACACACAUUAAUUCACACUGGAAAGAAAGCGCACAAAUGUGACAUCUGUGGGAAAUCUUUUGCUAUGUCGGGCAGUCUCAAGGCACACGGUUUCAUUCACACUGGACAGAAACCUAACAAAUGUGUUAUUUGUGGGAAAUCUUUUGCUAUGUCAGGCAAUCUCAAGAAACAUACAUUAAUUCACACUGGAAAGAGACCUCACAAAUGUGAGAUUUGUGGGAAAUCUUUUGCUAUGUCAGGCACUCUCAAUAGGCAUGUAUUAAUUCACACUGGAAGAAAACCUCAUAAAUGUGUAAUCUGUGACAGAAGCUUCACUCAGUUGAGUACUCUCAAGACACAUGCAUUACUCCACUUCAGAAAGAAACUACAAGUAGGUGUUAGUUUAAGCAAAUAGGUAUCCCUGGUUGGUGCUCUCAAGGCCUGUAAAAUAAUGGAUGUAGCAGGGAGACAAUAAGUUGUAAUGGCUGUGAAAUAACAGUAGAAUGGGGUAGAAUUGUGAAAAAAUGUGUAAUUAUGUAUACUUUAGAGUGGUAGCAGAUAAAACGACAAUAUAAAAAUCCAUAUCUGCAGCUUGAAAUCUCAAGAAAUAGUAUUGCUAAAUGUGCCUCAAACGUGAAUCAAACAUGUUUCUGUUAUUAACACUAUUUUUUCCUACCGAUCUUGAGACAAGAGGGUUCUGAAUUGUGAUAAAUCCUUACUUUUGUCAGUAAUCAUAAGUAGCAUGCAAUAUUUAGUAUAAGGCCAAGGAAAUAUCAUGACUUUCUGAUUAUUACCCCUAACAUAGUCAUCAUGUAUUACUUGCAACUCUGCAUUUUAGGAACAAUGUCAGCAAUUGGGUACCCAUAUAUUCAUGGCAGUUCCUUCACUCAGGCUAAUAAACUCAACACUGGAGAAACAUGAUUAUGGCAAUUAUUUUACUCAGGUAUGUUUUCUCAAGAGAUUUGCCCUGUGUGUCAUUAAGUGUGUACAUUUGUUUUGUUAGUACUAAUCCUGCAUUAGUAAAUGUAACAACAAAUAUAACAACCUGCUCAAUAGCAUGAUUGUCCACGUUUGGAACACAAUGCGUAGACAGUUCUACAUGAUAGGGACUUGACAAGUUGUUUACAUGUUUCUAGAAGUAUGUUGCACCAGAUGUUUUAUUAAAUAUUGUUUCAUGUA